UCAGUGAUGUGAAUGUGAGGAAUGCUCACUCAGAUAACACACACACAUGCUCAGCUCAAUCUCAGCACUUAUCUGUGUGUGUGUGUGCAUGUGUGUGCUCUUUGCUCUGAGAGUUGCAGUACCCAUUUGAUCUGUUGGCAGAGAGUCUUUAACUACAAACCCAAACGCCCCAUCAAUAUCGGUCUUUAAUAAUCAAUCAGUCUGAAUACACACUCGACAGUAAUUAAAUCAGUUACCACACAAACCUGCUCUUCACACAGAGGAAGACAGUUUGAUGAACACAGAGCUGAAGAAGGAAUGGUGGAGUGGGCUGGAGCUGAGCUGUGGAGCACUGAGCAGGUUUCUCACUGGCUGAAGGAUCAGGGUUUUGGUCAGUAUGUGGAUCUGCUGUGUGUGAAACAUCGGCUGGACGGAGCAGGGCUGCUGAGUUUAACUGAGAAUGACCUACGGUCACCUCCACUACAGCUCCCCCUGCUGGGGGACAUCAAACGGCUCACGCUUGUGCUGCGCAGUCUGCAGAGGCAAUACGACCCCAAUGGCGUCUCUAAGUCACAUGAAUACGGACCUGAUCGCUGGUUAUGGAACGGUAGAGGCUGUAACAAGGUUGCUGCGGCAGCCACUGUGGCUGAGGAGGAUCACUGCCAUGGUUACUCUAAGGGGAAGUGUAAGCGGCGUGGCCGACUGGACCCAGAGUACUGGAAGACGGCGCUGAUUACAGUUUACGUGACAUUGGUGUUCGGGAUCACAUCCUUUAUCAUGGUGCUUGUGCACGAGAAAGUACCGGACAUUCACACCUACCCACCACUGCCCGACAUAUUUCUUGAUAGUGUACCCAGAAUUCCCUGGGCCUUUGCCAUGGCUGAGGGCUGUGCGGUGGUCCUGGGCUGUAUGCUGGUGCUUACACUGCUACUGCACAGACACAGGUCUAUUCUCUUCCGGCGGUUCUGCAGUCUGAUGGGGACGGUGUUCCUGCUGCGUUGUGUUACUAUGUUCGUAACCUCGCUGUCUGUCCCGGGUCGUCACCUGCAGUGCUCAGGAAAGAUGUACAGUGAUCUGUGGGCGAAGCUCUAUCGAGCGUUACAGAUCUGGGCGGGUUUGGGAAUGUCUCUCACUGGAGUGCACACGUGUGGAGAUUACAUGUUUAGUGGACACACUGUGGUUCUGACCAUGCUCAACUUCUUCAUCACUGAGUAUACGCCCCAUAAGUGGCACCUCGUCCACACGCUAUCAUGGGUGCUGAACCUGUUCGGGAUCUUCUUCAUCCUGGCGGCUCAUGAGCACUACUCCAUUGAUGUCUUCAUCGCCUUCUACAUCACCACCCGGCUCUUCCUGUACUACCACACACUAUCCAGCACUCACGCCAUCCAGCACAGCCGCCGUGCUCGUGUCUGGUUCCCCCUGUUCUCCUUCAGUGAGAGUAACGUCAAUGGACCCGUCCCAAACAAGUACGCCUGGCCUUUCUCCAGACCGAGACUCCUCAAAGCACUCAUAGGAUAAACACUGAUUAAACCCACUAACCCUAACAAGAAACUGUAGAACACAUUUCUGUCCAGCUUCACUACAGCAGAUAUGAACAAACAUUAGUGUAAAAGCUCAUAUUGUAUUUACAGUGUUUCAGAGCUGAUUAACUGUUUAAUUUAAUGAGUUACUGCAGUCUUACAGAUCAGUGCUCUGACAGAAGAGACAACUAUUUAUUAUCAUUAUUAAUAUUUAUUCCUCUGUCAGUGAUGAAGGCUCAUACUGACUGGUUUACAGGUGAUGAUGAUGGUGAAGGUGUUUACAGGUGAGUCUUCAGAACAUGUUCAAGUUGACGUGAAGCUGUUUUUUUUUUCGUUCUGCUGAGUUUAGUACUAAUAUUAUUAGUAGUAUUACUAAUGUUUUAUUAUUAUUGUAUGAUUUACAUAUGGAAUAUUAAGUACACAAUGCUGCCUGAGAAAAUUACUGACCGUGAAUGUCUUGGAACAUCAAAAAGCACUUUAAUAACUGUCUGUAAUCACUGCUUUCUUAAUAAUACAAUCUUUCUAAUCUAUUUUUGCACAGAUUUAACUUGUAAACUAACUUAUAAAAUAACUAUAUGUAUAUAUAUUUGGAACAUCAACCUUUUUUCCUUUUUUAUUGGCAAAUGUAGCAUUUGUCCUGAACCAGACAUUUUGUUUUUGUUUUGUUUGUUUUUCCUCUUAAUAUCAGGCAAUACAGAUUUAUUUCAAAUAUCUUUUUUUCCUUUUUCUUUUUGCAUAUUGCAAAAAAUACAGCAUUUGUACUGGAACACCCAUGUUUUUGUUUGUUUCUUUUGAUUUUCAUUAAUAAUAAGUAAUACGUAAAUACAGAUUUCUCUUGAACCACGUUUUCUUUUAAUAUCAUGAUGCAGGGGUGAUAAGUCAAUGUUGAGGCUGAUGGGAUUACAGAAUCUGCCAAAAAAAGGAUGGAGUCUAAUGGAGUUAGAACAUUCCAGCCUGAGUAAAAUUGAAUUCUAUCUCAAUUCACUCAGUUUAAUUACAAUAUGCCAAAACCCCCAUCAGUCUCUCCUCUGAUAUAAUGUGAUUUGUGUGUGUGUUUAGUAUUUACUAAUUAUUUUGUAUUUAUAGAAUGUAUAGUCAAUUUAUAUUGAUCAGUUGCUGAUUUUUACAGUAAACACUGUUUUCUGGAUCUAUAAUAAAUGUUGACAGAUUUA